UUGAGAAGGGGGACACAGCAGCAGCUACAAAGGGAACAGCACAGCUAGGUUACCCUACACACAGAAGAUCUGUUUCUGCAGGAUGCUGCUAUUCCCGUUGCUUGGUGCUCUCUCCCUCACAGCGUAUGCAACUUUAAAUGACCCCAACUCUACAGAAGAGGCCUUGAGGUAUCUGAAGCAAUUUGGAUAUUUACAAAAGCCCUUAGAAAGUGACAAUGAAGAUUUCAGUCCUGACCAUGUGAAAGAAGCUCUAAGAAUUUUCCAGCUCUCAUUUCAACUACCUGGAACAGGAAUCCUGGAUGACAAAUCACUGGAAAAGAUGAGGGAGCCUCGGUGUGGACUUGAAGAUCCAUUUAAUCAGAGGACUCUUAGAUACUUGCUAUUGGGUCGAUGGCGGAAAAAGAACCUGACUUAUCGAAUAUACAAUUACACACCAGAUAUGAAGCCUUCUGAGGUGAAGGCUGCUAUCCAAUCAGCCUUCAAGUACUGGAGUGAUGUCACACCACUUACAUUUAAGGAGGUCAAAUACGGGAGAGCAGACAUACGCAUUUCAUUCCACCGACGUGGCAUCAGCUGCUCACGUCCAUUUGAUGGUCCUGGGAAGGUGCUUGCUCAUGCUGACAUUCCAGAAGAGGGCACAGUUCUUGAUGAAGAUGAAACCUGGACUGAAGGGUCAUAUAAUGGCGUGAACUUGCGUAUCAUUGCAGCUCAUGAGCUGGGACAUGCCUUGGGCCUUGGACACUCACGAUAUACCAAUGCAUUAAUGGCACCAGUCUAUGCUGGCUACAAACUCAACUUUCGCCUGCAUGAUGAUGAUGUGAGAGGGAUCCAAGCCUUGUAUGAAGAAGAAGAAAACAUUGUAACAACAGAGAUGCCAACAAUCUUCACAGAGCCAAUUCCCACCAGUCCAAUUCCUGAUCCAUGCAAGGACAGCCUGGAUGCCAUCAUAUUAGGACCUUAUGGGAAGACCUAUGCCUUUAAGGGAUAUUAUGUUUGGACAGUUACAGAUUUUGGAAUAAGCCCCCUCAUAAAAGAUCCAAACCUGUGGAAAGGCCUUCCGGGGAACAUAGAUGCUGCCGUACACUCAGCCCGCACAAAAAGAACAUAUUUCUUUAAAGGUAAAUAUUAUACAGAUUUUAAAAUGAACUAUGGAUACCCUAAACAAUUAAUUAGAGUUCCACCAAAUCUUAAUGCUGCUCUGUAUUGGAAGGAAAUUCAGAAGAUCUUCUUGUUUAAGGGGGACAGUUAUUGGCAAUGGGAUGCUGGGUGGAGCAACUUAUCAUCUAAGAAAAUCUCCAGCCUAUUUACAGGAGUCCCAACUCAGCUUGAUGCAGUUUUGACCUGGAAGAAUGGGAAGAUUUAUUUCGUUAAAGGGGACAAGUACUGGCGAGUGAACAAACAGCUGCGUGUGGAACGAGGGUAUCCCCUUAGCAAGUCGGAACGUUGGAUGCAGUGCCACCAUUAUGAUUAACUGCUGUGAGAACUUAUAUUAAUUAACUUCCAGACAGAUAUGGUUUGAUGUCAAAAUGACUAGAAUGACCUAAGAAGCAUAAAAAAAGCAAUAGGAGCUUGGUUACCUUUCAGAAGUGGACUACAACAUGAUAACUUGGGAGGUUGCCUUUUAAGUUUUCCUUAUACAGAUAUCUUAUGUUGAUGCUUGCAAUCUUUGUAAGGCCAGGAGACUUCAAUAAACAAAUGAUAAGGGUA